AUAGUUUUUUAAAAUUGUACACCUAAUUUUGAACUUGCUUGUGGGCGUUUCUGGUGGUCUUUAAAAAAAAAAAAACGACGCCCAGCUAGCUCACUUUAGUCUUGCUCGCCCCCUGGUGGCCAACGCUGGGCACCACAUUCCCCCAAAAAAAGACACAAACUUCCUCGAAUAAAAGCACUUCAUUUCAACUGUCAAAGUGAUUUUAAUAUUUUAUUCGUGCAUGUAUUUAUACUUUUCUCUCUUUUUUCCAUUUUAAUUUACUUUUGUGUUGCCGUUUCUAUGAAAACUGCUGCAGCCCCGAACAUAACUUUUGAAGGCAAAGCAAUACAGUCUCUUCAAAACAUUAGCACAUAUACAUUGUGUAAUAAAUGUUGUUUUUAUUCGUAUUCAUUUGCAGCGAACGCGUCGUUUCGUGACGUCACGCAAACGGUGACGGCGAGCUUGCCUCACGUCAACUUUAAGUAGGAGGAUUAGCAUGUUUGAAAUAAACGUCUUAAAACGCAUGAAGCGUUGGCCCGAAGCUCAGUUUCUCUCCCCGGUCUGCAAUGACAUCAUCUGUGUUUUGGACACACUGCUAGGAUAGAUUGAAAUGUUUUAGCCGCCGAGAAUUUGAGCCCAUUUAAAAUAAAAUAAAAAUUAUAAAGCUUCUAUAGAUUCACAUAAGUGACAUCCCGGAAACGGACAAAAUAAAAGCUGCGUCACGUCGUUUUAUGUCGUCGCGAUUAUCUGCACAAAAUCGUGUUAUUAAAUGUAAACCCGCCUCUCGAAGCAACAAUGUCACGCAAAAUGGACAACAACGGCUUGCCGUUCUUGCCGGGCUUCUCUUUCCAGGAUGUAACGAAAUCAGCCUUCCAUCGCCCUCAGACUUUGUCCUAUUUCAGAGGCCUGGCAUUGGUCCGUCCGCCCAGGCUGGGCAUCGGACUGGAGCCUCUUUUAACAGAGCAGAUGAUGCAAGAGGAGCUCAGCGGCAUGUCCGGUGACAUGCCCGACUUCACUUACGGCUCCUUUGACACCAAGUAUGUAAAAGACUUGGUCAAUUUGUCCUACCACUCGGCUCCCUCGCCCACCCACCCGGAAACUCGGCCUUUCAUCCCAGCUUUUGUUACUCUUGACAAGAAGGUACGGUGGAUGGAAUUUGCGUGUAGCAAGAUGAAGCGUAUCAUUUUUUGGGGUGGUUUUUAUUUGCAGGUGCUUUGCUUCAAAGCGUACUUUGAGGAGGAAAUCAAAAACAGUCGCGAAGAGAAGAAAUGCGUCCGUCAUGUGGUUUUGUAUUACUACCUCGAGGACGACACCAUUAGCAUCUCCGAGCCUUGGGUGCCCAAUUCCGGGAUACUGCAGGGAGAGCGAAUCAAACGCCACCGUCUGCCCAAGAGGGAACCCGGGAAGCAUUACACCUGGAAGGACCUCAACCUGGGCGUGGACCUGGAAGUGUACGGUGUGAAGUAUCGGAUCUCGCAGUGCGACCCGUUCACCAAGGACUUUUUGCAACGUCAGGGUAUUAUUCUCAACCCGCCUGUGGAAAUGCCAUUGGAUACUUACCUCCAGGGCAGAAUUAAACCUCCGCCAACCUUCACGACGCCCUCAGAGUUUGACAGCAGGUACCAGUUUCUCCACAUGGAUCGCAAGGUUUUGCGUUUCUUUGCCUUGUGGGAUGACUCGGAAUCCGAGCUGGGCGAAGUCUUGCCCGUUACCAUCCACUAUUUUCUGGUGGAUGACACGGUGGAGAUCAAGGAGGACCAUAAACCCAACAGCGGCCGUUUUCUUUUCCCCGUGCUGAUGCAGCGGCUGAGGAUACCCAAGAAAAUGAAAGAGGGUCACGAUCAAUUCCCGAGCUGCGUUAUGGAAGAUUCGGUGGAGGAAGUAGAAGAGUACUUCUCCCCCAAAGACUUCCAGGUUGGCAAAUCGGUGACGAUCCUUGGACGCCGUUUCCUACUGUACAACUGCGAUGGGUUCACCAAAGACUAUUACCAUGACAACCACCCUGAGAUGGACAUCAAAAGCAUCGAAGUACCCAGAAAGUUGGGCAAGUUUGAGGGCAUGAAGAGGGAGAUUCCUCCCUACAAUGGUUUUGGGUCAUUGGAAGAUUCUCUCCAGAGUUGUUUAUCUCUGAUCCCUCUACCCCCCAGAAAGAACAUUGUAAAAAUGUUGGAGAACGAUCACAAAGUGUUACGCUACAGCACCCGAUUGGUGCCACCUAAGACCGCGUCAGAGUCGCAGAAGCGCAGAGACGCCGAACGACUUUUUAUUUUGUCCUAUUACCUGUCGGACGACACCGUCAGUAUUUUCGAGAAUCCCAAACACAAUUCAGGUUUCAAGGGCGGAUCGUUCCUGAGAAGGACACGAGUUCCCAAGCCCGACAGUUCUGUGGACAAUCCCGAUUAUUACUCGCCGGCGGAUUUCUCAAUUGGAUCGGUUCUGGAUGUUUUUGGGCACCAGUUCAUCCUGACAGACGCUGACCGUUACGUCCUAAACUACCUGGAGACCAAUCCCAGCCAGAUUCCCUCGGAGACACUUGAAACCAUCCGCCAGAAGCUGCAAGCCGAAACCAAUCAGACGGCAGAACAAAAAGAGCCGCCCUCGUGAUGUCACAGCAACUUUGUGCUUAGGACCAGAACUGAAGAAAUGGAAGUGCUUCCGAACAAAACACGUUGAUUUGUAGAUAAGUAUUUUAUGUUAUGUUUGCUUAGAGCCUAAGUUUUAAUGCUUUUUUUUUUUCUUUUCAUAUAGGGGCUCACUAAAACUAUGGUCAGGUUUUAACGAACCAAAAUAAGUUGACAGAUUUAAAAUGUUGCAAGUCUUGCAUGUGUAUAGAGAUCAUAACUAUUUUUUGCCAUGUAACAAAGUCUAUCAAGAAUGGCUUUGUGGUCUGCGGUGAUUGCUAGGUAUAAAAAUUUCAAGUCAAAUAUUACAUAGACAAAAAUGUUUAUCAGAUAAUGUCAUUAUUCAUCAUUGAACACAUUUCAUGGAAUGGCAUGCAGUAAAGUACAUUAUAAUGUGCGUAAAGGAAGUGACAAAGACAUGAUUUCAUUGGGAAGACUUUUGUACUGGUUGGCCAAAGUCCCUCCCUUCCCCUUAUCCUACUGAUAUAAUUUAACAUCAAGGCUGUAUUACAGUAAACUUUUAUCAUUAUGUUAUCAUCUGUAA